GGGGCGGCGAGUGGCCGGGCCGGCUGCCGAGCGUGCGGGGCGGGAAGGAGGAGCUGCGCGGCCGCUCCGGCUCCGGCUCCGGCUCCGGCUCCGGCUCCGGCUCCGGCGCCGGGCUCGGGCGGUCGGGGGCGCGGCCGCAGCCUCGCGGGCCGCCGUCCCGUGCCUCGCCGCGGGCCCCUGCCGGGGGCACCUACGGGGCGCGCGGCAUGAAGGUCACGUCGCUCGACGGGCGCCAGCUGCGCAAGAUGCUCCGCAAGGAGGCGGCGGCGCGCUGCGUGGUGCUCGACUGCCGGCCCUACCUGGCCUUCGCCGCCUCGAGCGUGCGCGGCUCGCUCAACGUCAACCUCAACUCGGUGGUGCUGCGGCGGGCCCGCGGCGGCGCGGUGCCGGCGCGCUACGUGCUGCCCGACGAGGCGGCGCGCGCGCGGCUGCUGCAGGAGGGCGGCGGCGGCGUGGCGGCCGUGGUCGUGCUGGACCAGGGCAGCCGCCACUGGCAGAAGCUGCGCGAGGAGAGCGCCGCGCGCGUCGUGCUCACCUCGCUGCUCGCCUGCCUGCCCGCCGGCCCGCGGGUCUACUUCCUCAAAGGGGGAUAUGAGACUUUCUACUCUGAAUAUCCUGAGUGUUGUGUGGAUGUACAACCCAUUUCACAAGAGAAGGUUGACACUGAGAAAGCCCUCAUGAGCCAGUGUGGGAAACCAGUGCUCAGCAUCAGCUACAGGCCAGCCUACGACCAGGGCGGCCCCGUCGAAAUCCUUCCAUUCCUCUACCUUGGAAGUGCCUACCAUGCAUCCAAGUGCGAGUUCCUCGCCAACCUGCACAUCACGGCCCUGCUGAAUGUCUCACGGCGGAUUUCCGAGUCCUGCACGACCCACCUACACUACAAAUGGAUCCCUGUGGAAGACAGCCACACAGCCGACAUUAGCUCCCACUUUCAAGAAGCAAUUGACUUCAUUGAUUGUGUCAGGGAAAAGGGAGGCAAGGUCCUGGUCCACUGCGAGGCUGGGAUCUCCCGCUCGCCCACCAUCUGUAUGGCUUACCUCAUGAAGGCCAAGCAGUUCCGCCUGAAGGAUGCCUUCGAUUACAUCAAGCAGCGGAGGAGUGUGGUCUCGCCCAACUUUGGCUUCAUGGGCCAGCUCCUGCAGUAUGAGUCUGAGAUCCUACCUUCCACGCCUCAGGCUCCUUCCUGCCAAGGGGAGGCAGCCGGCUCUUCGUUCCUCGCCCAUUUGCAGACACUGAGCCCUGACAUGCAGGGUUCCUACUGCACGUUCCCUACCUCGGUGCUGGCACCCAUGCCCACCCACUCGACAGUCUCAGAGUUCGGCAGGAGCCCCAUGGCCACGGCCACAUCCUGCUAAAACCAGGAUGGGGGAACCAGCCGAGCCCCAAGAACAACUGUGAUUCUGCUUUUUUUUAAACUCGUGGACAUUUCAUACCUGUGCAAUACUGAACACCUCACUGGCCCGCCGCCCCAGUGGGACAGUGAGUGGUCACCAGGCUUGCAAACGAACUUCACAUGUACAGCGGGGAUAGGUUUUGGGGACCGAAGGAAGGCCAAGCCAUUAUGAGAGCACAGCACGUGCCGACUACUGUACUUCCAGACCCCCUGCCCUCUCAGGACCGCCCAGGCCCUGCACCUCCAAGCUCGCCUUUUCAUUUCAAGCGCAAGGCAAUAAAUACCCACAGCAACGUGGGAGAGAGCAGUUGCUAGACCAAGAGAAAAGGCAGUUACGAAGCCAAGUUCUGAAGGAAGCACAAUUUCCACCUUACUUUUUUAACUUUGGCAGUCUCUGCAUCUGUCUCUUGCUUCAGGGCAUAAGCUGAUCACCACCCAGUCAGGAAAGUAACCCCUCCAGGGUGUGGAGGGACAAGAUCGAGAUGCUUAUAUGAACCCUCACAUGGUUUUGAGACUCCCUAUUGGGUCCCGUGUGAAGGCAGGUGGUUGAAGUAGCAAGACAUUGACCUGUCUGGGUGUCCUUUCCACUGGGGGUUCUUCCCUAACUUUGGACUUCGCAUGAUUCUUAUUCAUACUUGAACUUUUCUCGUCACCCCCUCCUCAAAGCAUCUCUUGUGUCAUUCGAAAAGAGCUCUUCAGACCUUAGACCAAAAAUCACCCCUUUGAGGGGGUGGCUGUGGGUGCCAAGAGUAAAAGGGACCCGCUGCGUCCGGGUCACUGGCAUUGAACUGGUCGUUUCCCCAGCUUGCUGUCCUUAAUGUGUGCUCGUCUUGUCUCUUGUGACACAUGUUUUCUUCCCUACCCCUGGGGGUUGUCUUCAGGCUGUGGACUUCUAGGGUUUGCAGAUUUUGUAAUGUGGUACUUCUUUUUUUGUCUGUAGUUUCUCUCUCCAGGGGAAAAGGCAAUAAUUUCCUAAAAUCCAUAUGAAUGUGAAGAACAGCAGUAUGUUACUGGGUGUUGUUUUUUUAUAGUGCAAAAUAAAAAGAUUAAAAGAAAA